AUGGGAAUAUCCAAAAUGAACUCUAAAGAAAAUUUUAAAAGUUUAUGGAAGAAAUACAAUUAUGAUUAUCAGCUACAUGUUACAAUUUCAACUACUGAAUUAAUAGAAGAGGCAAAUGAAAAAACAGUUUAUAUGAAUGACUUAGAAAAAAGAAAACAAGUAUAUGGAAUAUGUGGAGAAUGUAAUGAACCUGGAACAGGAUUUGAAUGGUGUCAAUCUUGUAAUGCUAAAAGAUUUAGAGAUAACUUUAAAAAUUGGACUAGUGGAAAUAAAGAUAUUGAUAAAUUUAUUCAACAAUCACAACUUAAUGCUGUACAUUAUAGUAAAUAUCUUGAAUGGAUACCUUUUGAAAAUGUUAACGAUAUUACUUAUAUUACCAGAGGUGGAUAUGGUAAAAUAUAUUCAGCUGUAUGGCUUGUAGGAAAUAUUAUUUCUUGGAAUAUUGAAAAUCAAAAAUGGCGAAGAAUUAAAUCUCAUCUUCAUAUUUGUCUUUGGAACAUUAUUCAAUGUUAUGGAAUAACUCAAGAUCCAAAUACUAAAGAUUAUAUGAUGGUUUUACACUAUUGUAAAAAUGGAAAUUUAAGAAAUUACUAUUUAAAUAAUGAAUUAAGUUAUUAUUCAAAAAUUAGUAGUUUAAGAUACAUUGCAAAUGGACUUCUAGAUAUUCACAAUGCUGGAAAAGUUCAUAAAGAUUUUCAUUCAGGUAAUAUAUUGUAUAAUGUUGCUUUGGCAUAUAUAAGUGAUUUAGGAAUGUGUCAACCAGCAAAUAACGAAAAGCAAUCAGUUAAACAAGAAGGAAUUUAUGGAGUAUUACCUUAUGUGGCACCAGAAGUUUUACGUGGAUAUCAAUAUACAAAAGCAUCUGAUAUUUAUUCAUUUGGAAUAAUGAUGAAUGAAUAUAUAUCUGAAGAAACUCCUUAUAAUAAUAUUCCUCAUAAUCCUGCUUUAGCUAUUAAAAUAUGUAAAGGACUUAGACCAAAUAUUUUUAAAUAUACACCAAAAUUGCUUGCAGAUUUGAUUACUAAAUGUUGGGAUGCUAAAACAGAAAAUAGACCAACUGCUGAAGAAUUGUAUCAAAAACUUGAGGAAUUUCGAAGGUUUGAUAAUGAAUAUGAUGAUAGAAUCAAAUUAAACAGAACAAGUGAAAAAAGAUCUAAUAACAUUCAAACACAUCCACAAGCAAUCUAUACUAGUAGACUUUUAAAUUUCAAAAAUCUUCCUGAACCAGUAAAUUCAGUUUCAGAAGGUUUUGAUUGCCAAUUAGAUGAAUCAGAUCUUAAUGAAAUGAAUCAAGAUGAUAAAAAUAAUAUUGAAUGAAGUUUUCUUU